GGCAUGGUGGCGGCUACAGUUGACGGCUCCUUUUCGCCCACGCAUAGAUGGCCAUGUAGUUCGUGUCACGAAGCAAGCUCGCAAGUACACCGCUGUGCGCGCCGUUCCCCUCUCUGACCCUCCUCCAACCCGCGUCGAAGCCUCCAAAUCCCAACGGCAUCAUCCAUGAUUAGCCAAACCACAUCAUGUCGCUUCUCUGCGUUACUGUAAGGGGAGCCAGGUUCGCAGGGACGACUGGGCAGUUCAACAGCUAUGUGAACCUCAAGCUGCAAAAUGUCAAGUCCACCACGGUAGCAGUGAAGGGCAGCAACCCAAGCUGGGAGCAGGAUUUCAUAUUUGAGACCAACAGGAUGGAUACCGGCUUGGUGAUUGAGGUCUGGAACAAGGGGAUGCUUUGGGACAAACUGAUUGGAUGCCAGUGGCUUCCGCUUAUGGGCAUCCAGUAUGCAACUGAGGUAGGGGAGGGGAAAUGGCUUUCCCUUGAUUCGGAGCUCAUACUAGCUGAUGGAGAAGUGCGUGGAACAAAGAACCCCACUGGGCACAGCAUCUUGAUUGAAGCACACUUUGAACUUCCCUAUGAUCUCCAGGAUGACACGCCUGAGUUGCAGGAGAAACUGGAAAUGCUCAAUAGCAUCAUGGACCAGGAGGUGACCUCAUAUCGGGAACAGCAAAAGAGACCACUUCAUACGUUAAACUCAGGUGUCUCGGAGGACAGUGACUACACGAGUGAUGUGGGCUAUCCGGUGUCUGCACAGCAGUCCCAACAGCAACACCCAAGUGCCUCGAUGCACCAUGCCAACAGCUCAGCAUCGCAAUAUGGGGCCCAGAAUUUGGCCCGCGGAGGAACCACGCAGCUGCCUACCACAUAUGCUGACUCCAGUGCUGACUGCUACCAGGAGCCCCUCUACUACAACAGCCGCCCCCCGCAGAGAACCAGGGAUUAUGACAGAGAGCCAUCUAGGAAGGAAUGUCGACGCAGCUAUGAUGACUCUCCUUGCAGCUCUGCACGUUACGACGAUCGUGAAGAUGGCCGGCGGCGCCAAGGCUGGGGUGCUGGGCCUGACUCACCUGCCUACCCCAAGCGGCACCUGGCCCAGCGGCCAAGCUUGGAGCGUCAGGCCAGCUUUGAGAGGCAUGGCUACGAUGACCCUUACGACUACCCAGACACGCCUCAAGGGAAGGGCUAUCCGAUGCACCAAGACAGCUAUGAAAGUUAUCGUGAAUGCUCCCCUCCCAUGUCGCAUGUCGGCGACUGGAAUUAUCCACAGGAAGACCGCUACUAUCCGCACGAAUAUAGCCAAGAAGACAAUUGCUGGACUGAAGAACGUACAACUCCACGUCGUGACCUUCCUCGCCAACCCCAGCCUGACGUAAGAGCUGACAGGCGAACAUACGGUGGCUAUGACCGUGCUGGUUUCUUCAGUGGUGCAGACCGGACUGAACCCUAUGCGCCAUUCUCACCUGUUGAUAGACCGUCUGCCAUACCAGAGUUUUCACCUACGCACGAUGAUGAUGAUGCCGCUACCUACAUAGAAUACCCGGAUGGACAAAUGGUGGUUGAAUACCCAGACGGCAAGGUGGUGGAGUAUGCAACAGAUUCUGUAAUGCCACGGAAGGAAGUAUAUGGAGACAGUAUCCCCACAGAUGUUGAGUACAGCACCAGUCACGCUAUUGGAAAGCCACUGCCAGAACCUGAGCCUCCACCUGUUGUUGUUGAUGACCCGUCAGCUCGGCGGCCGAGCUUUUAUGGUGUGACUGAGUCAGAGCGUAGCUUCGAACCAUCAAGCCCAGUUGUCAAGACGUCAUCAUUGACUGUCGAGAAGGAAUCAAGAAGGCGGAGCUUCAACGAGCCAUCAAAACAGUUGACACCCGUCUAUGAAUCCACAAGUCCGCGAAGUGAAAACGAAGCGGUAACUGGAGGAGGAGGAGGAGGAGUAGUAUGUGGUGGGACGGGGGGAGGAUCGUUUAGAAGACGACCCUUUUACGAGACCAGUGAGCCUGCGACACCUUCCUUUGAGCCGAGAAGCGAACCCGCGAAGCGGAAUGGGUUGGUGCCGCACAUUGAGGAACCACCAUCUCAGCUCACACCCGAUGCUGUGGUGCCUACGGCCGAACCGGUUCUGGAGAAGAAGGCUGGCAUUUCCGUAACAUUCCACGAAGAGAGCAACCGUGUCUACCCUGGCUCGACCGAAGAAAUCGUGGUGGAACCGCCUGAACCGGAACCGGCUGUAGCCAAAGCCACUUCACUGACCACUUCACUGCUUGGCGAUGACGACAGGCCUCCCUUGGUUGCAGUGACAGCAGAGCCUGGCAUGUCGAAGGCGAAAUUGCGCUGGCUCUCUGCAUUCAACCGUAUCGUCACUCAACUGAACGAGCAGAGUGGAGGCGCCCUUAGGUCAAGCAAUCGUGAUGGACCCAAGAGCUUGUGGCCUCGCAGUGGAGGGCCGGAGCAUAAUCCAUUCUACAGCAACAUCGACUCGAUGCCUGAUAUCAGGCCUAGAAGAAAGUCCAUUCCUCUUGUCAGCGAGUUGACUAUGGCUGCCACCAAACGGAAUGCCGCAUUGACAUCAGUUGUUCCCCGAACACAUCCCAACGACGAAGAACUGAAGACGCACGUGUACAAGAAGACGCUGCAGGCGCUCAUCUACCCGAUCUCGAGCACGACGCCGCACAACUUCCAGUCGUGGACGGCCACGUCACCCACCUACUGCUACGAGUGCGAGGGCCUGCUCUGGGGCAUCACCAACCAGGGCCUUCGCUGCACCGAGUGCGGCGUCAAAUGUCACGAAAAGUGCCGAGACCUGCUCAACGCCGACUGCCUGCAGAGGGCAGCGGAAAAAAGCAGCAAACAUGGUGCCGAAGACAAAGCUAACAACAUUAUUAUGGCAAUGAAGGAGAGGAUGAAGAUAAGGGAGCGCGAUAAGCCAGAAAUCUUCGAAUUGAUCAGGCUGACUUACUCGAUUGACCCCGACACUCACAUUGACGCCCUCCAGCAAGCUGAAGAAUCCAUCUUCGAGGGCACAUCGAAGUGGUCAUGCAAAAUUGCCAUCACAGUCAUAUGCGCGCAAGGUCUCAUAGCGAAAGACAAAAGUGGCACAAGCGAUCCCUAUGUAACAGUUCAAGUUGGCAAGACCAAGAAAAGGACACGAACCAUGCCAAGAGACCUGAAUCCAGUCUGGAAUGAGAAGUUUUGUUUUGAAUGCCAUAACUCUUCGGACCGUAUUAAAGUGCGAGUUUGGGAUGAAGAUAACGAUUUGAAGUCAAAGUUGCGGCAGAAGUUGACGAGGGAGUCGGACGAUUUUCUUGGCCAAACAAUCAUUGAAGUCAGAACUUUGAGCGGAGAGAUGGACGUCUGGUACAACCUUGAGAAACGUACCGACAAGUCUGCAGUGUCGGGGGCCAUCCGUCUCCACAUUAACGUUGAGAUUAAGGGUGAAGAAAAGGUUGCGCCAUACCAUGUGCAAUACACCUGUCUACAUGAGAGCCUGUUUUAUUACCUUUGUGAGCAGAAUGGGGGAAUGGUGAAACUGCCAGAAGCUAAGGGGGAUGAUGCAUGGAAGAUCUACUUUGAGGAAACUGCACAAGAGAUUGUGGAUGAGUUUGCAAUGAGAUAUGGGAUAGAAUCCAUAUAUCAGGCAAUGACGCACUUCCACUGCCUGUCGGUCAAGUACAUGUGCCAAGGGGUGCCUGCUGUGAUGAGCACCCUCCUUGCCAACAUCAAUGCUUACUAUGCACACACGGCUGCAUCGUCUGCGGUUUCUGCCAGUGACCGCUUUGCUGCUUCUAAUUUUGGCAAAGAAAAGUUUGUAAAAAUUUUAGACCACUUGCAUAAUUCUCUAAGAAUUGACCUCUCUAUGUACAGAAACAAUUUCCCUGCAUCCUCACCAGAAAAGCUGCAAGAUUUGAAGUCUACUGUAGAUCUACUCACUAGCAUCACUUUCUUCAGAAUGAAAGUUCAGGAGCUCACGAGCCCACCACGGGCCAGCACUGUGGUGAAGGAUUGUGCGAUUGCGUGCCUUCGGUCAACGUGCCAAUUCCUGUUUGAGAACUGCUACGAGCUAUUUAACCGCGAGUUCCAAGUGGAGCAGCCUGACAAUAAGGAGGAGGAGCAUGGCCCCAGUGUGCACAACCUUGACUUCUGGCACAAACUCAUUGCCCUCAUGGUGUCCGUCAUCGAGGAAGAUCGCAACAGCUAUGCCCCCGUGCUCAACCAGUUUCCCCAAGAGCUCAACAUUGGACACCUGAGUGCGCAAACAUUAUGGAGUCUGUUCUCGCAGGACUUGAAAUAUGCUCUUGAAGAGCAUGAGCAGCUGAGGCUGUGCAAGAGCUCAGCCUACAUGAACCUUCACUUCAAGGUGAAGUGGUUCUACAACAACUACAUCAAGGACAUUCCUCCCUAUAAAGACACGGUGCCUGAAUAUGCUUCGUUGUUUGAACCUUUUGUGAUGCAAUGGCUCAAUGAGAAUGAUGAUGUUUCUCUAGAAUACCUCCACAGUGCCUUCCUACGUGACAAAAAAGAUGGCUUCCUGCAGAGUUCGGAGCAUGCCCUUUUUUCCAAUUCCGUGGUGGACGUUUUUACACAACUCACGCAGUGCUUUGACGUUAUUAGCAAGCUAGAAUGCCCAGACCCCGAGCUUGUGAAGCGCUACAUGAAGCGUUUUGCCAAGACAAUUGUGAAAGUCCUGACAGCGUAUGCAGACAUCGUGAAGAAGGAAUUUCCAAACUAUGUCCUGCAGGAGAAAACUGCUUGCAUUUUGAUGAACAAUAUUCAGCAACUGAGGGUACAACUUGAAAAGCUUUUCGAAUCCAUGGGAGGAGAAAAACUUGAAGCUGAUGCUAGUAACAUACUCAAGGAGCUUCAGCAGUCACUAAAUGGUGUCUUGGAUGACCUUAGCAUAGUUUUUGCCAAAAGCCUGGAGCCAACCAUCAAGCAAAGCAUGGGUGAGCUCAGCUCCCUUCUGGCGGGAGUCAAAGGCAGUGGCCAGGUUUCCAUGAACCAAACGUCCCAGCGCAAUGAGGUAGCAGCCGAGGCAGACCACGUGCUGCAUCCUCUCAUGGACAUUCUCGAUGGCAAGCUGUCCAUGUUUGCUCAGGUCUGUGAGCGCACCGUGCUCAAGCGUUUGCUCAAGGAACUCUGGAAGAUUGUUAUGCACACAAUGGAGAAAACGGUGGUGCUUCCGCCAAUGGGAGAGAAGAACAUGAUCCUUCCCAACUUGCCCAAUGCCAAAAUUGAAGAUGUGUCACGGCUCUUUCGAAAUCAUGUGGCUGCCAACAAGCUCCCAACACUGGGUGUCAUGGAAGUGGAGAAGAACUUAACACCAAAACAGUGUGCUGUGCUGGAUGUGGCGCUGGACACCAUUAAGCAGUACUUCCAUGCGGGUGGCAAUGGCCUCAAGAAGACAUUCUUGGACAAGAGCCCUGAGCUUCAGAGCCUGCGAUAUGCCCUUUCCCUUUACACCCAGACCACUGACACCCUCAUCAAGACCUUUGUCUCCACACAGACCAAGCAAGAUCAACCAAGUGCUGAAGAAGGCAGUGUUGGAGAAGUGUCGGUGCAGGUCGAUCUGUUCAUGCACCCUGGAACUGGCGAGCACAAGAUCACUGUAAAAGUGGUGGCUGCCAACGACAUCAAGUGGCCCAAUACCAGCAUGUUCCGUCCGUUUGUGGAAGUGAAUAUCAUUGGGCCAAACUUGAGUGAGCGGCGACGAAAACAUGCCACAAAGUCCAAAAACAAUAACUGGUCCCCUAAAUACAAUGAAACCUUCCACUUCAUGAUGGGAAACGAGGAGAGCCCAUCGUCGUAUGAACUGCAUAUCUGCGUCAAGGACUACUGCUUUGCCCGGGAGGACCGGCUGGUAGGAGUUGCCGUGAUGCAGUUGCGGGACAUCAUGGAGCAGGGCAGCUGUGCCUGCUGGCUGCCCCUUGGAAGGCGCAUUCACAUGGACGAGACCGGCUGGACCGUGCUGCGGAUACUCUCGCAGCGAACCAACGAUGAAGUCGCCAAAGAAUUUGUGCGUCUCAAGUCAGAAAUGCGCACUGAUGAAAACAUUCCGAGGAGCUAAUUGUGCCGAACAGCACCAGUGCUGCAAGAGAAUACUAGGUCAAGCAACUUCUUAUCAAGCAACACUCACAUUGCCAAGUUAUGCAAGAAAAGAAAGCGUAUCAACAAAACAUAUUCAAAGAACAACAAGUACUAGGUAAUAAAGGCACUGGAUAUACAAUAGACUACUGAUAGCUUGAGCAUUAUAGGUUGAACAUGUGCUGUUACUGAUGGAUCCUUUUUAAUUCCUGGACUGAAUCCAGUGUGUUCACUAGUCUGUAUGUGUUUAAAGUACAGUUCGGCUGGAGUUAUCAGCAGUCCAUUGUGCAUUCUAGAUGCAUUUGAUGCAGCUAGUGCAGUGCUGCCCAUUUCCUGAGUGGCAAGAGAUUAGAGUUCAAACUGUGAUAGGGAAGAUGUUUCUUGUACAUAAGCUUAACUCUGUUCUGUAGAGCAUUUGAGAAUGGAGCUAUUAAUUUCUCCUCUGAGUGCUCUACAUGGAUCACUGUACCUCGUGUUUGGUUAUGUUUCUGAAGUGUGAGUUUGGACUGGGACAUCCCAUCACACUGGAUAUAGGCAGACCUAUACUAGUUGUAUCUGGUGUAAGCUAAUACGCAUAGAGCUACCAGGUGCCACCUUACCACAAGAAUUUUUGUUGUUGGAUUCAGCAGCUGGAAAUAAGUUGCAUUGCUGAUCGCAGCAAAAACACAAGAACCUGGGACAGCAUAAAGUUUAGCUAUGCCUUAGAGCAUGGCUUUUGGGCUUGUCAUUGUAAGCCAUAGCCCUACUGUUUUGCAGUUAUGAAUGAGCUUUUCUCGAUGAUGUGCACUGCACAAUGUGUUUGUAAUCUGUACAAAUUGGUCUUAUCCUGUUACUGUGCUAGCAUUUGCCAUUGAGAAGCAGCCACUGAUGGCUUGUUGUUUUAGCCCAGCCCUCACUUAGUACAGCAGUGCAGAGUUUCUGUUCAAGCAGUGUGAAAUUUUGUUUACAGGCUCUGGCAGUGACAAAAUUUUGCCAUGGGCAUUUCAGGAUGUUAGUUAAGCUGUGGCCAACACAGAUGCUGCAUGUGGCAAGUUUUGGUGAUACUUGUGAAUAUGGUUUUCAAAGGUCAGUUAGAGCCACUGGUGCAUUAACGAAAGUGUAAAUACUAAGACGCCCUUUUGGCUAUGCUACCAUUCGUCAGAUAAAGCUGGCGUGCAUAAAGAUGCUUUGUCAAGAAACCAUAAAACGGUUGGUUUAGUGACAGGGCAUGCUGGAGUCACUGUGUAGCUUUGGAAUGUUGUCUAAGUUAGCCAUAUUGAUGAUGCAUUUCAACCAGAACUCAACCUGCAGAUCAUAACCUUUCAAUUAAUAACAUAGCAUUUAGAUACAUGGUUUUAGAGUGCCUUUUGUUUUAUUUAACACCUCUCUUUGUUCACAUAAACUUCACAUCAGUCUCUGAGAGUAUUCUCUGGUUGUAGCUUCACUUGUGUCGUACAGCUAAUGUGCAUUCCAGUGUUCUCAUUGCCGACUGUACUGUGAUGACUUCAUGACUUCAUCAGUGGUCACCACAUGGCCACACUGCCAUCAAAGUUCGAAAGGAAGUGUAGCAGUUGGUACUUUUAUUUCCACACUUUGGAACCCUCAGUUUCAAGCUGCAGCAUACAUUGGCCAAAAUGGCUAAGAAUAUUUCACCAGCAGAGGCAGAAAAGAAACUUGGUUCCAACCUUAUUUUUUAAAGUGUUGGCACAUCUCUGCAAUCUUUGAAGCUAUUCAGUGACUUUAGUUUGUCUUCCAGUCAUUCAUUUCCAUUUCACUGCUCUGCAGCAGAAUCAAACCAUUGUGGUCUCGCGCCGGAGGUUUGGUGUGUACAAUAAUGCCGCUAUGGUUGUGACGCUCAACUUACGAUAACAUCAUGACACACACUCCUUUUCUGAAGGCACAUUGUUAGGCUGGCCUUCAACCUGGAAAGCUGUGUUACCCCUUUGCUUUUUCAUCGAGUGUUUUGAAUGAAGGAGCAAAUGUAAGGGCGAGUGUUCUGCAAAAAUGUACCAAAGCAUGUGCAUGGCAACAUGGCCAGUGACCAGCGAUCUUGAUGUGGCCUUAAGUGUUUAGUGCAAUAAACGGCCAUGUCUUAGUUUAUUGUCAACUUCCAGUAAGCACUAUAUCACGUGAUAUCAGUGGCACGUUUCUCUUGCAUUGACUCGCCACAAAGGUUAGUGUCAGUCCUGGGAUUGAAAGAGCAAGUUAUUGUUGUGGACUGGCACAAGUCUUAUGGAAGUGACAAACAGUGCAAAGAGGGGCAACUUCAUAAAAUCAGAAGUUGAGUUGUAGUGGGAGGGGCCUUGUUUUCCAUGUGGACUAGGUUUGCUUGAUUUGUUUUCAUGCAGUGGACCAUUGCCCCGAAAAAAUUAAUGGUGGCCUGGUUGUGCAGGUGCAUCACAUAUGACAACUAAAUGCUUUCUGCAUUUUACAUGCAACCCCAUGUUUAGCAGCCCGUGCCGCAUAGCAAAAACAUGCUUCUGCAUUCAUUGUUACAUCAAGUCUAAUGUUUGUGCAUUUCACCCUGGUGAGAAAAGGUGUCCUGCUGGUAUGACACAGAGAUCAAACAUUGCAGCAGCAAACUUGACAGGCAGUGCAUACUGAGAAACUCUGUACAGCUGACAUGAAGUCCUACUUGCCACAGGCACAGACAUGAGUAAUUACCUGUUACAUUUGGUUGUGAAAGAUUGUUGCUCUCAGUCCACUGUACCAAGUCUCUCCUCCCCGGCUCAACCCCCAAAAGCAGAUUUUUGGCUCUAUUGCAUGUUUGCCUUCAAAAGGCACAAAAUACCUUUGCAGCACUUUUGCUUCUGUGUUCAUUACAAUACGUGAACAGCUGAUCCUGAUUUAAUUUCCCAGUUGUCAUGUGGAGAGCUUGCAGUUGUUGAUUCCUGUCAGUUGCCUUCUUUGCAAACUGCUGGCUUUUGUCAUCACUCUGCAUAUCUGUUUUCGGUUCAUCAAGCCAUGAACACAUCUAUCAUUUUUGCUGCCUGUGUGGUGCAAAAGAAAGAGUCAGCAGUUUGCCACUGUUACAGAGACUCCCAUAAAACCUGGUGGGUCUUGCCUUAGGGCCAUGAUGGCACAACAAAAUGGUUGUAACCCAUUACACCCAGCAUCUGUAAACUGCAAGUGCAAAUGUUCUCCCUGUGUUGACUUACCUUUCUCCUGUCAUUUGUGUUAACAGUGGGAAAUAAGAAAUGCAGUCUCUUCACCGUGUUCACUUAGACACUUGUGCAUGUUCUGUUUUUUUUGUUUUCUUGCUCUCUGGUCACGUGUGCUUUCCACUGUCCUUGUGUGUGUGCAUGAAUAAUGCGGAGUGUGAUGCCAAGACACAAACACCCAUACACACACAUACACAGACACAUCUAAGCUUGGUCCUCAAAAUAACUCUUUUUCUAACAACCAGAGAAUGGAAUCUUAGUCCUCUGUGCAUGCUCUUUGUAAAUAUGUCAAAUGGGAAGGAAAAAAAAACUUUUUGUGGAUUUACAAUAAAACUGAAAAUAACUGUACAGAUCUUUUUUGGAACCCGAAAAGAAAAAAAAAAAGACCUCUCGGGAUAAUCUCGUUGUUAAACUCUGUUGAACAAUGUUCAAUAAUGCGACAGUGUCGUUGUGCCCUUGGAAGCACCUUCCAUGGGGCUCGGUGGAGACUAAUAAAGUUGAUAUAUUGAGUUCAA